AUGCCCCCUGGCGUGCAGAGGCAGGCCAGCGGCACCAAGUGCCGGAGGGACUACUUCGACUCGCAGGUGCUGGUGAUGAAGCACGUGUACGGCGCGGGCGCAGCCGAGCGGCUCUCCAGCAGCCGCGGACGCCGCGGCGUCCGCGGGGCUCCUAGCGGCAGGCCCGCGCGUGCGCCCCCGAGUGGCGAUGCCAAGCGGCGGCGAGUGUCCGUGGCCAGAGGCGCCGACGCCGUGGCUCGUCGGCCCGCAGAGGCCCGACAGUACCGCCCGUUGCAGGGCUGGGUGGUGAUGCUGACCGGCUUUGGGCCAGAGGAGGGGAGCUCGGAGCUCCGCGCGCUGUCGCUGCAGUGCGGCGCGAGCGUCGCCGAGCGGCUGCCCGCGCGGCCCCCGCAGGGCGGGUUGCUGGCCGUGGUGGCCUGCCGCGGGGCCACGACUGUGAAGUUCCUGACCGCCCUGGCCCUCGGGCUGCCGCCCGUGGCCAGGGGCUGGCUCGACGCGACGGCGCUGGCCCGCGCGCCCGCUGCCGUGGAGCCGCACGCCCUGGCGCUUCGGGGCCGCGGGGGCGGGCGCGGGCCGUGCACGAUGCAGCCCGGGCCGCGGCGCUGCUUCGAGGGUCGCGAGCCGCCCCUGGCAGUGCACGUGCUCGGCAGCCGGGGCUUCGUCGCCACCUGGUGCGGCGUGCUGCGCCUGGCAGGGGCCGAGGUGCACGCGACGUGGCCGUGCCAGGGCUGCCGGUACGUGCUCGCGGAGGCGGCGCCCGUCCGGGUGUCCGCCGCGGAGGCCGCGCGGCUGCGCGGCUGCGGCGCGUCCGUGGUCGGCCUCGGGUGGCUGAAGGAGAGCCUGGCGCUGCAGGCGGAGGCGCCAGCGGGCGCGCACGAGCUGGCGCUGUCGGUGAGGGGGCAGCCCUAGCCGCUCGUGGAGCCGGCGGCGUGUGCCUCCAGCUGAUGCCUGUUUGUGCGCGCGCGGCGCUCUGCUGCAGGCGGGGCGCCUCCAGCGGCGGGGGCGGAGCGAGGGCCUCCGGCGCCGCGCCCGCCCUCACGGCGAGGGCCUCUGGGCUGUCGAGCCCCUUCUUCCAGGACUGGCCUCUCGCCGUGGAUGUGCUCGUUCUGCGGGCAAAGGGGGGCCCCGAGAGGCAGUUGGAGGACGAGGAAGAGGUACGGAUGCCGCUGCUCGUCCUGGAGGUGCUCGUCGCCAGGGCUGAACUCUCCUCGACACUCUGGCCACAGCGCACCCCAGAGCGUACUCCGUGUCGCUGCUUUCUUGGUCCCCCCAGAGGUUUUCGCGCUGCUGGAGACCGGGGCACAGCCCAGCGCGAGCGAAUCUCUGGGCGCUGCCGGGAGAGGCCAAGGCCCAGGGCAUCCCCCUGGCGUUCCGCUGUGCCUUGCAGCC